GUUAAUUAAGGGUUUUAAAAGUUGUAGCUAGACUUAGCUAGACCAGACGUUGUAAAGGUUAAGGUUUUAUCGGGCUGUAUCGAGAAAUCGAGAAGGAAUGAAGGAAUGAGGUGUUUUUGGAGAUCUCGACUUCUGUUUAAUUUUGCAAUUUUCACCUGCCCUAGAAUCUUUUUGAAGAACUUCGAGAACCAAUUUAUUCCUCAAAGGAUAUUUUCCGCUCUCUCCACUCCUAAGUAUAAAGACAAGUUUUCGAUUGGAUCAAGGAAGAGAAAACCAAAGAAAAAUUCAGGCCAAGGGAGGAAGCCAUCCCCACCAUGGAAACAUUAUGAUGUCUUUGAGUUGGACCCCCUAGAGGGGGAUGAUGCCCCAGACAUCCCAGACACUGUCAGACAGCAUGUAUUGUCUGACAUUUUACUUGGAGUCAUUCAGGAUGUGCUGAAUGGUCCAGAGCUGGAACCUGCUCUACGUCCUGUCCUGGGAGAUUUCCAUGUGGAGAUUACACAGGUGAAGAUGACUCCAAACCUUAGAGUUGCUUCCAUAUUCUGGAAAGUUGCAGACGAAUUACAAGGCAGUGAACAGAGUGUUCAGAUGUUGUUAAAUGAAAACAGGGACCACAUCAGGAGGCUUCUUCCUGCCUAUUCCACUCUAUCUCACUUUCCCCAAAUGUCUUUCAUCAAAGAUAGAAAAGAUGAAUAUGAAAGAACAGUGGAGCACCUUAUUCAGGAGGCCAAGCAGGCAGACAGCAUUGUAAAAGACCCUAGCAAAAUAUCUGAAGAAGUCUGAGUCAUUCAAAAGAUUUUUUUAAGUCCAUGUGGCAUGGAAUCACAGCUUAAGAAUGGAGGGAUUCACUUCAUUAUCUGUUAUUGAAGAGAUUUGUGGAAAAAAUCCAACAUUUCUACCAAGCGUGUUAAUGCCUAUUUUUAGCAUGGCGCUCUUUCAGGCUUCCUCAGUCCAAUCUACCUUGGAUAAAGAAUUAUGCAAGAUGGGUGUGCAUAAGUUGACCCUUAGAAACUGGCAAGUUUUGCAUUCGUUUCUGAUUUGCAUCUCCGCUUCACAAGAAGAAAACCACUUUGGGGUGAUGUUGCUUUCCCUCCUGAUUUGACUUACUCUAAGACAAACCUUACCAACAACCACAAAAUUACUCCCCUCAGGAAGGUGUUAGUGGCACAAACUUUUUAGUUGAACAGAAAGUAAUUCUCCUCGUAACUUGCUUUAUACAAGGGUUGUAUAUGUGAUACUGAGAUCAGGGCCCGAUAAAGGCAACAAGAAAAGAAGAAAGAGAAAGAACAACAGUCUUGUAGUAAUCUACCUAUUGAUGAAAUUACUUCAGGCUGAAUAGGAGAGUAUUUAACUCUUGACUAUGACAUUUGCAACCCAGCCCUACUGCUCAGUCAGUAAUAAUAGAUAUCGAAAAACAUGACCUUAAUAGCCCAGGGCAUGCUUUGAUUGAAAACAAUAAAAAAAACCCUCAUAACUAUGAUGGCCCUAUAAGAUAGCACAAGAAGGGCUGGAAAAGUGGUACAGUCCAACCUGUGGCUCCAUGGUAUGCAAGGUAAAGGAAAGAAAUGAUAAAUAAAUAAAGUAAACAUUUGCAGGAUUUUA